AUGCAAAAUGCUCAAACUAGACGGUCUUCCACAGACUAUAAAGCUGGCGGUGCACGUGGUGCAAGUGGUAACAACAAGGCUGGUAUGAACAAAAGGCCUCUGGCAGAUGUUGAGGGAGCAGAGACUGUGUUGGGUCACAAAUCCUCGGUGGAAGCUAAACCGAAUGUGCGAUGGCAGGCUUCUCAUAGCAAUCUGGCUGCGUUGCAUGACAAGGAGCAGAGGUACGAGGCGGAGCAUCACCAUGCUCGACAUAAGCUUCAUCGCCAAGUUAUCCCAGACUACACUUCUGCUUCAACCGCGAUGUUUAGUGACUGUAUGUUCAACAUAGGACCAGAGAAAGUGCGAAGUGUUAGCACGAUGAAUCCAUCAGGACUUUCGCCGAAACACCCUUUCAAUAUGGGUGAAAAGUUUAAAGGGCCCUUCCCCCAGCACACUGUAGCCUCGAAGACUCACGAUGGCGGGGCCAUUAUUACAGACCAUUUCCCCUCUCUUCGGCAGCUGCAGCCCCAGCAGCAUCCGGCACAUCGCCACUACAAGCACAACGACAAGGACGGCUUGAAAUCACCUUCUCAAUCCUUUGUGAAGGACAAAAAAAGACUGGUCCAUCGUUUUCUGAAGUCAAUGGAGCCGUCUCCAUCCCCACAAUCCAAAGAGCCGUCCAAGUUGGCUUCGCCUUUCAACCCCGUAUUAGCUGAGCCUAAGGCCAAGCCCAAGUUCAAGCCCAAUCCUAAACUUUCCGAGCGAGCCCCCAGGCGGCAUUCACAUAUAUCAAGCACUGAUUCAAAUUCACAGAUAGAUAUAUCGCUACAAAGCUUGCUUUAUCAUGAUCUAGAGUCGUCUCCAAAGCUACAGGGUUCCGGUUCGCUCCUUGCCAAUAAUUCAAACAGAUCCGUAGUUUCCAAAUCUAAAGGACUUUCUUCAAGAGACGUGACAUCUUCUUCGUCGUCGUCGUUGCACUCAUCCUCGUCAUCCUCGUCGUCUUCCUCGCUGUCGGCAUCCUUCUCACAAUCUUUGGCAGUUGAUAUACUCGACCCCCCUGGCAACGAUAAAUUCAGUAACUCGAAUCUGUCGCUAAACUCCGACGAAUUGGACUACUAUCAGCGUCACAUUGCAUUGCAACUGCAACAGACCGAAAUUCUAUUGAAACACAACUUGAAGGACGUAGUCUUAAAAGACGAAGCUGAAUUGACCAAGAAUAUAACCAACUUCGACAAGAUCAUUGAGGAGCUGAAGGGCCUGAGGUCUAAGACCAUUGGAUGGAAAGAACUUAUUGAAGAGGACUAUCUGAUGAACUUACAACAGGAUUUCGAUAAAGAGAAUGCCGAAUCGUUCGAAUCACGUCUAACUGAUACUAUAAAUACAAACGUUGCCAAAUUACAAGAGUUAGAGGAGAGAAUGGCAUUUUGUAAGGAGAGAUUGGUCGCCAGAAAGGAAACGAUGAGGAAAAUGGAAAGCCUUCUAUCUUUGGAGAGCUCUUUGAUGAUUUCCAAGAAAAAUCUAAAAUUCAUGUACAAAUACCGGAACGAGGCUCUUGACCUGGUUUCCCUGGUCGUCAUCGUUGUGAUAUGCUACGUUUUUAAACAUAUAAUAUGGCAUUAA